GAGAGAAAGAGAGAGUAAUUUAGAGGGAAAAAGAGAGUGAGAAAAAUGGGUAGAGGAAAGGUUGAGCUGAAGAGGAUUGAGAACAAAAUCAAUCGCCAAGUUACCUUCUCCAAAAGAAGGAAUGGUUUGGUGAAGAAAGCCAAAGAGCUCUCAGUGCUGUGUGAUGCAGAGGUUGCCCUUGUCAUUUUCUCAGCUCGUGGCAAGCCCUUCACCUUUCCAGACGAUGCUGAAAGUAUUAUGAAAACCUAUGAUCGAUACCGGAAGUACUACUCUCAUCAACAUGGCAAUAUUGAACUUGAAAAUCAGGACUGGUACCAAGAAAUGUUAAAGCUAAAUGAAAAGUGUGAGUCUCUUCAAAGGACACAAAGGCUUCUGCACGGGGAAGAUCUUGGACCACUAAGCAUAAAAGAGUUACUAAUUCUUGAGGAGCAACUUGAAAAAGCUUUAUCACAAGCUAGGCAGAGGAAGACACAACUCAUGAUUAAACAAAUGGAAGAGCUUCGCCAAAAGGAACGCCAUCUUGAAGACCUGAAUAAAGAACUUAGACUCAAGCCUCCUUUUCAGCUUGAGCCUUAUGGAUUUAAUCUCAAAGCAAGCCUGUGGGGCUCUACUUCCUCUGCUGAUGGCGAUGGGAGCUUUCCCUUGCAGCCUUCCUUAACCUACCCUGAACCUUUCUUGCAAAUAGGGUAUUCUGUUCAAGGUGAGCCAUCCAUUGUCCCAAAGAGCAUGGCCAGUGAGACUAAUUUUCAGGGAUGGUUCCUUUGAUUUAACAUUAGAUUAUAUGGUAUACUUUAUUGUCUAUUCAUAUAUUUUUGGACUUGGGUUCUUAUUGUUAUCAAGACAAAAAUGUAUCUCUGCCAGACCUGUGUGGGAAGUUGCAGAUUUCUAUUCUGUAAUGGAAUACAGAUAU